AUGACACAAGAGAUCUCUGGCAGGGGUUCUCGGCACCCAAAAGAACCAGACGUACAGCUGAAUACUCUCUACUCUUGGUCUUUGUGCCCACACGCCAGAUUCUGUAAUAUAAAUAUCUCGGGGCAAUUAAACAAGCGUGCUGGUGAACGAAGCUGCGUUGCAAACAACCCUCAUUAUUCUGUAAUAUUCCAAUUGCCUCAAAUAGGGAUACGAUGCUAA